GAUCGGUUAGUGCGUGUAGGGUAUUAGAACCAAUUCAACAUUCAGAAUACGCAUCGCCUAUCGUGCCCAUAUUAAAGCGUGAUGGGUCUAUACGAUUGUGCGCGGACUACUCUGUUAGUGUUAAUAAACAAUUAAUAGUUGAACAAUACCCGCUGCCAACUGUUACAGAACUGUUUACGAAACUGCAUGGAGGGCAACAAUUUAGUAAAUUAGACUUAACACAAGCGUACUCACAAUUUGUACUGGAUGAGGAGUCACAAAAGAUAACUUGUAUAAAUACUCACAGAGGAUUAUUUAAAUAUAAAAGGCUAGUGUUUGGUCUCGCUAGUGCCCCGGCUAUUUUUCAGCGGGCAAUGGAGUGUUUGUUGUCGGGUUUAGACGGAGUUAUGUGUAUGCUUGACGAUAUAUGUGUUACAGGAGAAACGGAAGCGCAGCAUUUAGAUAGGCUUAGUGCAGUCUUAAAAAGAUUAGAAGAGGCGGGCUUAACGUUGCGUAAGGAUAAAUGUGUAUUUUUUGCGGACCAAGUCGAAUAUUUAGGUUAUACCAUAGACAAAACUGGGUUGAGGAAAUCUCAACAAAAAGUAAAAGCAAUAGUUGAGGCACCUAUACCGACAAACGUAAGUAAGCUAAAAUCUUUUCUUGGGUUGGUCAAUUAUUACAGGAAUUUUGUUCCAAAUGCGUCCACAAUUUUAAGUCCGUUCUAUGCAUUAUUGCAUAAAGGCAGUAAAUGGAAAUGGGAGGCGAUACAUAAUUAUGCUUUUGAUGCCAUUAAAAGGUGUUUAGCCUCAGAGAAAGUUCUGGCUCAUUAUAAUCAGGAUGCAAAAAUUAUAUUAACAGUGGAUGCAUCACCGAGUGGUUUAGGAGCGAUUCUCUCACAGAUAGAAUCUGACGGGGUGGAACGCCCCGUGUGUUUUGCCUCGCGGACACUGAAUACUGCAGAAAAACGGUAUUCACAAAUCCAAAAGGAGGCUACAGCAAUUAUAUUCGGAGUUCGACGUUUCCACCAGUAUUUGUACGGAAGGGCAACGCCGUUUGUACUUCGUACAGAUCACAAGCCCCUAUUAUCUAUUUUCGGUCCCUAUCGUGGCAUUCCAGAAGUUUCAGCUAAUAGGUUACAACGUUACGCAAUAUUUCUAAGUGGCUAUAAUUACACAAUAGAAUAUAUACGUAGUGCUGACAACAGUGCAGAUUAUUUAUCGCGCGCAAGUCUACCCGACGAUGAUUUAACGUCUGGUAAUAGGGGUUGCAGCCGCGCAACCGGCUUUCAUGAUAGUUUAGAACCAGUGGAAGAUCGCGCAUCGUACGUAAACUUUGUCGUUGAUGGUAGUUUACCCGUUACACUACACGAAAUUCGCAACGAAACGUGUAAAGACGCAAUUUUAUGCAAAGUUAUUUCUUAUAUUAACAACGGCUGGCCGGAGCGUGUACAAAAUUUAUUAAUUAAACCUUAUUUUCUUUGUAAGACACAAUUGUCGUAUGAAAACGGCUGUGUUAUGAGAGGACACAAAAUAGUUAUUCCCGAAUCAGUUAGAAAUAAGUUACUACUAGAGUUGCAUAAAUCACAUUUGGGUAUUGUUAAAACAAAAGCAGAGGCGCGCAGUAGGUUCUGGUUUCCUGGAAUUGAUCGAACUAUAGAAAACAUGAUUGCAAGUUGUGAGAUUUGUUUGCAAUUAAGACAGUCACCAGCGCGCGUACCGCUCGCAUUGUGGCCACAUCCUCCACAGCCAUUUUAUCGAAUACAUAUAGAUUUCUUAGGACCCAUCCAUAGGCGUUCAUACUUAAUUAUAGUGGACGCGUACUCUAAGUGGGUUGAAGCUUAUGAGAUGGGUAUAGGUACUUCAUCGUCAUCGGUCAUUAACAAAUUAUACGAAUAUAUGGCAAGAUUCGGUCUGCCUCACACUAUAGUUAGCGACAAUGGCACUCAAUUUACAUCGGUUGAGUUCAAGACAUUUUGUCUUUCUAACGGUAUAAUGCAUAUGACGUCACCAGCGUAUCACCCGGCUAGUAACGGGCAGGCAGAAUGUUACGUAAAGGUGGUUAAAAAAGGGAUUAAAUCGUGUAUUUUAAGCAAUAAUGGCAUUUCAACAGAUUGUAAGUUAUGGAAAUAUCUCUUUGACUAUCGAAAUUCCAUCCAUUCCACCACUGGCUGUUCGCCGGCGCAGUUAGUAUUUGGACGUAAAUUGCGGUCGCGAUUAGAUUUAAUUAACCCGACACAACCUUUACCGACGUCUACCACUCUCACUCGACAUGUCGAAAACAAACAGUUCUUACAGUGUAAAGCGUUCAAGUUAAGAAAAACUCACCAUUUUGAAACAGGCGAUAUUGUUCUGUAUAAAAAAUACAGUAUUAAUAAAACGAUUCAUGGCACAAAGGGGUUAUUGUAAGAAGAAUUGGCAAAGUUAUUUAUAUGGUUAAAGAUAGUCUGACCUCCUGUAUUAUUAAAAAGCAUAAAAAUCAAUUGAUUCCCUUCAAGGGUACAGGUAGCAAUGGGGAUCGGUCGAGUGAUAGCCCUAUCGAACUUGAAGACAUCACU